AAAACCGGCUGGGUGUGUACUGCAGGCAUAAUAUAGGUCGUUUAGCUCCCCCCCUGGGUCCACCCCGGUGUGUGGCGUGUUUUUUUUCCAGGACCAACGUGUGCAGAUAAUUACCCACGUUCGUCAUGGAAAAAAAAACCGCCACACACCGGGGUUGACCCAGGGAAGCUAAACGAACGCAGUUACUAAUGUUACGCCAACUUCUGCGAUUUUUGGGGGUUUCCCCAUAUACAGCGAACGUUUUUGUAAUAAAGUGACUCGUUUAUUUGGUCGUUAUUCAAGAUGCUAAAACGAGUAUGCAAACACGGUAUCUCUGUGGCUCAUAAACAUCAGAAAUGGUGUUUUAUCAUGGGUCAAAGAGACACCAGUUUAAAGUCGAUAAACAUUGCCAAGCAGUUUGCUAAGGAGUUUUCGGGUCAGUUACCGGAAGAACCUGGGGCUCGGUUACCGGAAGAACCUAAAAGAGGCUACUGUGUGCGACAUGUUGUAGCAGGGUGUGUUGUUGGAGUAGGUGCUGUUGCUGCAACUCCAUUUGUACUCACUGCUGUAGGAUUUACAUCAGGUGGAAUAGCAGCAGGAUCCAUUGCAGCAUGCAUGAUGUCUUCUGCAGCAAUUGCAAAUGGUGGCGCUAUUGCAGCAGGAAGUACAGUGGCUGUUCUGCAGUCAGUUGGAGCUGCAGGGUUAGGAGCUGCAGGUACCGCUGCAGUUGGUGGUGCUGGUGCAGCAGCUGGGGCUGCUGCUUCUGGUGUAGCAGGUUUCUUUCAGAAUUACUUUCGAGUCAAGAAAAAGACAUCCAAUACAACACAGGAUGAAAAUAAUGAUGAUGAUGAGGCUGAUGAUGAUGAUGGGGAAGGUGGGAAGGAUGGGGGAGGGGGGAGAGGGUAG